AUGGAGAUGCGCAGAAGUCUUGGUAAGCUGAUAUCUGCCAGCGGCACCGUCUUGCUGGCUUCAAGCACACUCGCGCAGGAAGACGUCAAGGAUGGUGAUGUCAUCACUGCAGUUUUCCAAGACGUGACUGUUGCAGCAGCCACCAGCGCAUUUGCCGUGAUCCGCUCAGAUGGCACAGUUGUUGCCUGGGGAAACCGGCUCUGUGGCGGAGACUGCAGUGCAGUUCAGGAACAGCUGCAGCAUGUGCAAUCCAUUCAAGCAACAUGGGGUGCCUUCGCAGCUCUUCGCACUGAUGGUUCAGUCGUGACCUGGGGCGAUCCUGGCGGUGGGGGCGACAGCUCUUCCGUGCAAAGCCAGCUCUGUAAUGUUUGCCAAGUUCAAUCCACCGGGUUGGCUUUUGCUGCCAUCACGGCGGACGGAGAUGUAGUGACUUGGGGUUCUCAGCUUCAUGGUGGUGACUGCAGUGCGGUGCGUGAUCAGCUCUAUAGCGUGCAACAAAUCCAAUCCAAUAGCAUGGCUUUUGCUGCUCUUCGUGCAGACGGAUCUGUUGUGACCUGGGGCGAGGGGGCACGUGGCAUUGAUAGCCCUGCUGUUCGUGAUGAGCUGCAAGAAGGAGUUCUGAAUAUCUACUCCCAGUACUUCAUAGGCUUUGCUGCUAUCAAAGCAGGUGGUCGGAUUGUUUUCUGGGGUGGUGGCUAUGGUUCUCCGCGAGGCGUUAUCCACUCGGGGCUUGACGACAUCGCGCAUCUCCAAGUUCUUGGGGGACGGUGGGCUGCUGCUUCGGAGGAUGGAAACUUGGCACUCAGCUUUGCAUCCAUCCGCGGUGACAGGAGCUUGCUGGUUCCGGAAUGCGCAGGCAGCCUGGCACGUUGCCCACCGGAUUGCCUCGCAAUACUUCAGAAAGAUGGAACGGUGCAGUUCUGGGGGCACUGUGCCCCGACCUGGCUUCAGAAAGAACUGAGCAAUGUUGUGCGACUUCGGAUGGCCGGUGGACGUGGUGCAGCGCUCCGAUCAGAUGGGUCAGUUGUGUUGUGGGAAAACACGGCGCGUGGUGCGAAGCCUUUUUCCUCUGCGCUCGUGCACAGCCAGCUAGCGGAAGUCAAGGACAUACAAGCAAACUUGUUCGCUUUUGCCGCUCUUCGACGAGAUGGGUCUGUUGUUACUUGGGGAGAAGGCAGAUGCGGAGGCAACAGUGCCGCGGUGCAAAUGCAUUUGAAGGAUGUCAUUAGCAUCCAAGCGAGCAGCUCUGCCUUUGCUGCGAUUCGUCGUGAUGGAUCCGUGGUGUCCUGGGGUGACCCAGACAAUGGGGGUGACAGCAGUCUGGUGCAAGAACAGCUGGGCCGUCGAGUUACCCACAACAAGCAGGCGGCUCUUCGGGCAAAGAAAUCUGGUCCUCACGCCGUCAAGUCCCAAGUGUUGAAGAAGCCUUCGAAGAAGUAUUCGAAGAAGUAG